UUCAGCAGCUCCCCAGUUGAGAAUCUCUCUCAGGGCCUGGGGAGCAACCUGGCUCCUGUUGGAUUCUUGAAUGGAGAGGUGGUUUACCAGCUUCUGCCCUAUACAGCUCCUGUGUUGGCCUCUAAUUAUCCUCCAGUGAACUGCCUCCGUCCAAAAAAGACAAAGUUUCACAGACAGUCCAACAACGAAAACCAGCCAUAUGUUAAGAAGCCACAAAACGCCUUUAUGAUUUACCUCAAGGAACAGAGGCCAAAAGUUGUGGCCGAGCUUGGAAACUCCGACUGUGCCACAGUCAACAAAGUCAUUGGACAAAAAUGGAAGUCGCUGUCCAGCAUGGAGCAGGCGAUUUAUUACGAACAAGCUGAGAGGGAGAGGCAGCUCCACCUUCAGCUCUUCCCUGAGUGGUCAGCCAGUGAUAAUUAUGGCAAAAAGAGGAAGAGGAUAAGGAGGAAGGGUCCAGCUAUGACUUUGCAAACUGUCAUUUGAACUCUCCAGAAUUAUCUGAAGAUCUUCAGCUGAGAUUUUGAAAGAGGGAUGAUGCACAACAUCUACAUUGUAUAUAUACAUUACUGAUUAUGACAGAGGUUGGAUUCUUUCUAAAGGAACAAUUUCUUUCAACAGUUGCUCAUAAA